AUGUUAAUCGAUUAUUUUUUAGUAAUUGGAUUAUAAACAAAAUCAAAUGGUAUGUUAUUGAGGUACAUUUAGAAAUUUCAUUAACUAAUAUACUUAAUAAGAAACAAGAGCCGGAAAUAAUCAUCAUGCAUCCAAUGGAUUAGCCUGCUCCAGAUUACAUUGAAAACAUAAAAAUGGUUGAUGCAAUUUACAAUUAUAUAGUGGUGUUUUCCUAAUGGAGUGCAAUAUUACAACCAGGAUUUGAAAAGAAUAGAUCUUGAGAACAAAUCAGAAUAAGCUAUAACUGAAGACAUUCGAAGUCAAGAUUAAUUGAAUCAUUUUGUACUUACAGAUGAAAAGGGACAACAAAAAUUUUGUACUUCUUUACUCUACUAUGUAUUAUCAAUAAUAAUCGAAAGGAAAAAGUCUAUGUGAAAAAUAAACAUAAACAUUUUUAGAAACUAUCUAAAUCAUUUCCAAAAAUUGCAAUUAAACAAAUAAUCAAGAAUCCCUUGAUAUUAGAUGAAGAUACAUAAUUAAUUUAUGCUCCAAAAACAAUCACAUUAGUCUCACAUUCACCUGCAUUCGAUCUACAAAGAUAAUUUCUUGUUUUCUUUUAUAAUAACUACAUUAUAGAUCGUGGAUUGAAUUCUAUCGGAUUAUGUGAAGAUCAUCUUAAAUAGUUUGAACGUUUAGUACUCACUCAUGGUUUAAAUGGCGCUGAAUAAGAAUGGAAUUAAUAGGAAGUAUUACAUCUGAAAUAACUUGAAUAAGAUUAUAUAAUGGAUAAAGACAUCUUAGAAUUUUAUAUUAGUGUACUAUUUACUCUCAAUAAAAAAACAUUACUCACAGAUGAAGAAUAAAAUCAUGAAAUUAGAAUUACAAAAUGCGAAGUUCAUAAUGAAAUCCUUAGAUUUAGAACUAAUGAUCAAGAAAUUCUAUCUUUAACCAAUUUUACUUUUCGCCCUCUCUUUAGUCGAUUAUCACUUGUAAACAUUAUGAGAAUUGUUAUGUGCAUCAUCUCAGAAAAAUAAAUACUUUUUUUCUCUUCCAAUAUCAGUAUUCUCAAAUACUAUUCAAUCUAGGCGAAAUUCCAUAAAUUACUGAAGGUUUGCUUUCUUUAAUCAAACCUCUAAAAUGGUCCAACAUAUAUAUUCCUUGUUCAAAUAUUGAUAUAUGGGAGUAUGCACAAGCCUUACAACCUUAUAUCAUUGGCUUUGAAAAAUAACAUAAAUAGUUUGUAUAUUAAUAUCAAAUUAUUCAUUUAGAUACUCACUUAGAUAUAAGGAAGAGUUACAGUUGAUCUUGAUGAAGAUUCAAUUAUUGAUCAUAGUCAUUCUAUUGAUGAUGUAUUCUAUUCAAUCAUUUAUUAUUAGUUAAAAAUACCUGAAAAAUGGUUAAUUGAAUUAAAAAAUAAAUUAAAUCAAAUUACUACUUAAUUGAAGUAUUCACCAAAAUAAAAGAUUUAUUAAUGGAUGGAAGCUAUUCUUAGAACAAAAAAAGCCUUUUUUAAUUUUAUCUUAUAAAUUGUUUAAAAUGUUCUGCCUUUUAUUAAAUCUUUGAAUGAUAGAGAAUCUCAAUAAUUUACGCAAACUCUGAAAUAGUGUUUUGAUCUAUAAGGGUAUAUCAAAAAUCAUCCUGAAUAAGAGUUUAUUACAGUAAUAGCCAAAAAUACAAUGACAUUUAGUACAUUUAUUGAAUAAGUUGAUGAUUAUUACACUUUAAGUAAAUAAGUUGAUCCUAUGAUUGUUUCUUAUGUUGAAUAUAUGAAAGUUUAAGGAUAAAAAAAUGAAUUAGAUUUUCACAAAUUGAUAAAUUCCUGUUUAGAUAAAGAGAUUGAAAAAAACCUCAAAAAUUUUUCUAAUCCUGCUACUAUUGAUUUAUAUCCUUGGAUGAUCAAAUUUCGUAAAUUCUAAGAACUAUUUAAAGAAAAAAACAGUGAAUAAGUAGAGUAAAAGGAAAAUCAAUAAAUAGUUUUACAUUUUUAUGACGAAGAAUCAAGAAUGAAGACAAGAUAAUUAUUGAAUUCAAAAGAAAACAUAUUUUCAAAAUUCAAUCAAAAGAAAGUUAUUAAUUUAAAACAAAUUUUUACUCAUUAAAAUGUUUCAAAUUUGGUUUAAAACUAUAAACUUAUCUCAAAUUCUUUGAAGUAAUUAGUAAAAAAACCAUCAGAGAAUUUUGAUUUAGAUCCAAUCCUUUAAAAACGAAAAACUUAGUUACGUCGUCAUUCUACAUUAAUGAAUGAAUAAUUAGAAGGAACUAAAGAAGAUAUUAUGAGAUUAGUAGAAUCAUUACAAAAGCAAGCUUGA